AUGAUUAAACCACACAAAGCAAACAAUUUCACCUGCCCAGAAGGAAGACUCACCUUCAACAAUGGUCUCAUUCGCGUAGAUCCGACCUUUUAUGAGUACAAAUACUGCGUCUGCGAUGAAGGUUUCUACGGAGAAAAAGGUUUGUGCAAACAGUGCAUGAAGGAUGGGACAUGUCACAGACUUGCACCCGGUUCGGUAGAAGAUCUUCGUCCCAGCAUCAUGAACAUAAGCAGCGGUUACUGGCCAUCCCCUGUUCCUGCUAACGCUACCCAUCUUGUCAAAUGUCCUGUUAAAUCUGCCUGCAAUCCAACAGGUUCAUGUAGCUGUAGACUAGUCACAUCGCCAAAAGAUACUCGUGCGCCCUUCCAGAGACUUGCAAUGUCAUCUCUGACCACAACAUGCGACAUUUCUUGUAUCUGUAAUCUAGGAAACACGGACAGAUUUUGCUCUCGGUGUAAAUAUGGGUUCUAUAAACUAAGCGGACUAUGCUUUCAAUGUAGAAACGGCGAUUCAUUUUACUAUUAUUUGUUUAUCCCUAUGUUUGCCGCAUCCUUCCUUGUUUUAAUCUGGUCGUAUUUUUAUUAUAAUGUGCGUCCAGCGAAAUGGUUUGCUGUGGCUGCUGUUCAUUUCCUUUUGAUGUUAAUUAUGACGCUUUUAGAAUUCCUACCAGCAUGGUUUUUCAAAUUAAACCUGGUUGUUUUCGUGCUGUGUAUGACUAGUAGAGGGAAGACUGCUCGUUCUCUUAUCAGCAUCGCGGUGUUUUACAUCCAGACGAUGGACUUCAUGGUAUCAAGCGUCAAUGUUUGGCCUAAGAAAGUGAUUGCAGCUCAAAGCUACUUGAGCAGCUACUGGAACUUAUAUUUUCCCGCUCUUUCUUGUGAUUUGCCUUCUCUUUUUACCCCUGUUGGUAAGUUUGUGUUUCUUCUUCUUCUACCGGUGGUGUGCCUGUCUACCGUGGGUGCGUACUUUAUCAUCAUGCUGACUAUGCAGAGGUUUCGCCCAAACACAAGGCGUAUGGAACAGGUUCACUUCAAAUGCCGCCAAACCGCCUUCUUCUGCCUAAGCUUCAGCUACUUUCCCAUUGUAAAACAAACGCUCUCCAUUCUACGUCCAUGUCACAAGGACCUAAAUGUGCUCUACAUGCCAUCUUCUCCUUGGAUAGAGUGCACAUCUGACACAUACCUCAAGUUAACAACACUAGGAAUUUUCUCCAUUGUGGUCUACGUAAUUGGAUUUCCCUUGAUGGUCAUCUCCUUGAUGUUGCUCUUUUUCCCCAAGAGAAGCUCUAUGAGUCCUGAAGAUCGAAAGAAACUUGAUGUAUGGCUUGGACCGAUCUACUUACCCUACAAACCUAAGUACCAGGCGUUCUUCGAAGUUGUCAUGCUCUUACGUCGCCUGAUUCUGGCCAUCGCUCUGUCCAUGAUUCCAUCGUCAUCUACUUUGCAAACCUUUGUAGUGUGGCUUGUACUUAUGGUUUCAGCGAUUAUUCAUCUUAUUUUAAGGCCAUACGACACGCAACCGGGUAGGAGAGAAGGAGAAACCGACUGUCAACACGAAAGACUAAAGCUCAAAGGCAUUUUCAGUGAGAAUGUCUUUGAGCCUCUUGUGUUGUUCGUCUUAUCGAUGUCAUUCAUGGUAUUACGAUUUUCAACUCUGGAUGUCAACGACACUAACUUUUUUGUUUGGUUUGUGAUGGUCGUCAACACCUGUGUCCUGAUCGGUUUGUUAGGUGGCAUCUUAUAUCGUCUC